UUUUUUUUUCACGAUCUUUCUAUGUUCGAAGCCGGCCAUGUUCUGCAACUGCGAUUAAUUAUUUCUUCAAACAAUUAUUAGAAAAUAUUGAGAACAAAAUGGAUAAAUGAGUUCAAUUGUGUCAUAAAUAAAUAGGAACAAAUUCAGACUAACGAUCAAGGAUGAUGGAAGUUUCCAAGCUCUUUGUCACGAGUUCCCACCAUCGGAAAAGCAAUUAAAACGGUGCUAUUUUGUCUACAUCUGAGAUUUAUUGGAAUUUCUAAAUGAGUUGAGAAUCUCCAGUACUUGUGUAAGAAUUAGGAAUCAUUCGUUUCGUACAUCCAAAAACACUUAUUCCAAUACGAGACACCAAAGUGAAAAGGCAUUACAGAUGUACAUAAUAGCAGAACAUAUUCUGUUUGAAGGUACAAAUAAUAUUUUAAUCGCAUGGCAAAUGAAACUACAAUUGAUAUGGACACAGAAUCUGUGAAGUCGGAGAAUAGUUCCAGAUCUAAGAGAUCAAGAAGUUACCGAGAUAGGAACAAUCACAGGCAACAUUCUCACAGAAGUUCUAGGAGUAACAAAUCUAAGAGGAACGAAGAUAUGGCCCCUUUCCAAACUACUGUCAAUAUAAACCCUGAUAACAGAGAUGGUCAGGAAGUGAUCGAAGUCCAAAUUCUACCUCAGGAUGAUAACUGGGGUGAAAACACCACUGCCAUCACUGGAAAUACGUCUGAACAAUCUCAGUCCACAGAAGACGUCAACAACUGGCCAGGCGAACCCGAUACAGGUUUUGGAUUCAUGUGCCAAAGGUACCUAUCAGCCACAUUCACUUAUUUAUUAUCGAUCGUCGCAUUUCUCAGUCCCUUGGCCAUGGUUGUGCUGCCCAAAUUGGGUUUCUUUCCAGCCCUCUCCACUCCCAUUCUAGCCGAUUCCGAAAAGCUUCUGGCUUGUGGGGCGGAAUGUAGGGGACAACUCGUCUCCCUAGCGUUCAAGAUGCUCAUAUUGGGGGUGAGCGCAUGGGCGGUUUUUCUGCGGAAACCCAGUGCAACGUUACCCAGAUUUUUCAUAUUUCGUGCUUCGAUCCUACUGUUAGUUCUGCUCUGUAGUUUUGCGUAUUGGUUGUUUUACAUUGUGCAAGUGACGGAAAAUGCUCAAGCGGCCACGACCAGGGAGGAAAUUGUCGAUUAUAAAGCUUUAGUGACUUACGCUUCGAGUCUCACAGACACCCUUCUUUUUAUACUGUUUGCAGCUGUCGUACUUAUCGAAAUCCGACAUUUGCAACCUGUAUAUUAUAUUAAGAUUGUCCGGAGUCCUGAUGGGGUCAGUAAAUGUUACGCAAUCGGACAGUUGAGCAUCCAGAGGACUGCCGUUUGGGUAUUGCAAAAGUACUAUACGGAAUUCCCGAUUUACAAUCCGUACUUGGAACGGAUACCGGUUUCAAAGUCUAGGAAAACUUCAACGAGUUUUAAAUUCUACGAAGUUGAUGGUGUGAAUAACAGUGCGGUCCAGCAGUCUCAAUCCAGGGCAAUGCUGGCAGCUCAUGCCAGGAGACGAGAUUCAAGUCACAACGAAAGGUUCUACGAAGAGCACGAGUACGAAAGGAGGGUUAAGAAACGUAAAGCCAGAUUGAUAACAGCUGCCGAAGAAGCUUUCACCCACAUCAAAAGACUGCACAACGAUCAGGCUUCGGCCAUCCCAAUGGACCCUCACGAGGCUGCACAAGCCAUUUUCCCAUCGAUGGCCAGAGCGUUACAGAAAUACCUGAGGGUCACCAGGCAGCAACCUCGACAUUCCGUCGAAGCCAUCUUGGUCCACUUGGCCAGUUGCCUGAGCAACGACUCCACCCCCAAAGCGUUCUUGGAGAGGUAUCUGGUCACCGAACCGGUGCUUCAAAACGACAAGGAACAGAAGGAGGUGCAGACCUGGGCCUUGAUCUGCGAGGAGCUGCUCGCCAGACCGUUGGUGGAUAACGUUGUGUUUCAACUAAGACAAAACGACAUAUCACUCAUAUGUACAGUAAAGAAAAUUCCACAUUUUAACAUAACCGAGGAGGUGGUCGAUCCCAAGAGCAAUAAAUUUGUUUUGAGAUUGAACUCAGAGACCUCGGUAUGACCCAUAAUUUACGAUAGACUGAUUUAGUACUUAUAAUUUAGUAUUUAUUAUCACUGAUGUUCGUUUAUGUUGGGUUUCUCUAAAGGUAAUUUCUUGAUCAGAUAAAAUUCCUCUGUGAGGUUGAAGUGUCAAAAAACGAACCAAAUCAUCGAGUAGAACAUAGAUUCUUUGAAGUUGACGUUUGAGUUUGAAAUUUCGACGCGAAAUGUCAACUGUCAAAAUUUCAUAGCUCACUUGGCUGAUUGUUACACGUUCGUUCGAAACGAACGGUUGUAUUUUUAAGGUUGAUAAUUGGUGCUUGAAAGUGAUGCUCAGCUUCUACAACAACGAAAUGAUCUGCUAAGAAUUUUUCUUAUUCAGCCAAAGAGUAGUGGUACAAGCUAAGCGUCACGUUUAGGCACCGAACGUCAACCUUCAAAAUUCCAUAGCC